AGUAGUCGGUAGUGGCAUCUGCGGGCGGUGGCUUUGAGGCACAAUACACGCUUUCAAAGCCAACGGUCUAUAAAACACUUUGAAGCAUUGUUCACAGUUGCUUGCGUUUGUUUGUUUUCUCCUCAGACAAACUGGCAUAAAUUGUUCGCUGCACGAAAAGGAGAAGGAGGAGAGAGAGAGAGAGAGGAGCCUUCUCGCGCGCCUUCACGUUGACGAGCGCACACAGGUUUUGACACGUUCUCUUUUUUUGUUGUUGUUUUCUUGUCUUGUUUCCUUUCCACAUCAUACACGAUUCUCUGACGUUUGACUGCGCAGCGUCCCAACCGCAGUACAGCGUAGGUGAACUGCACUGCAUCGAACGAUUGAUCAUACCUCUAAAGCGAAUCGGUCAUUUCAUUUUUAUUUUUGUAUUUUUCCCCUUUCCUUUUUUUUUCGUUUGAACGCGGCUGCGCGAACAGACCCACAAACGCAGAUAGGGCAAUGCAGAAGUAUCAAAUUCUAGGGAAAAAAGGCGAGGGCACCUUCAGCGAGGUGCUGCGCGCGCAAGACGUGAAGACGAAGCAGUUUGUUGCGAUCAAAUGCAUGAAGAAGGCCUUCAAGUCAAAAGAGCAGGUGAACCGUCUGCGCGAGAUCCAAGCGGUGCGGCGCCUGCAACCCCACCCAAACAUUGUGGACCUGAUCGAGGUCCUGUUCGACCGGAGCACGGGCCGCCUGGCGCUGGUGUUGGAGCUGCUGGACAUGAACCUGUACGAGCUCAUCAAGGGUCGAAAGCAGUACCUGGGCGAGGAGAAAGUGCGCUCCUACAUGUAUCAGCUGCUCAAAGGCCUCGAUCACGCGCACCGCACCGGUGUCUUCCACCGCGACAUCAAACCGGAGAACCUGCUCCUCGACGGGGAGGGUAACUUGAAGAUCGCCGACUUUGGGUCGUGCAAGGGCGUGUACUCGAAGCAGCCGCUGACGGAGUACAUCUCCACGCGGUGGUAUCGCGCCCCGGAGUGCCUUCUGACGGACGGCUACUACACCUACAAGAUGGACCUGUGGAGUGCCGGGUGCGUCUUCUUUGAAAUGAUCGCCCUCUUCCCCCUGUUCCCCGGCACCAGUGAAUUAGAUCAGGUGCACCGCAUUCACAACGUGCUCGGGACGCCGCCAUCGGAGGUGCUAGACCGGCUGAAGAAGUUCGGCAGCCACAUGGACUUCGACUUCCCCAAUAAGCAGGGGACCGGUUUAGCAAAACUGCUGCCACACGUGUCGCCCGAGGCGCUCGACCUGAUGCAAAAGCUGUUGACCUACGACGACGAGCACCGCUGCACCGCGAAGGAGGCGCUACGCCAUCCGUACUUCAGCACUCUGCGCGAGGCGGACAAAAAGAGUCGUCGCAUGCACCACAGCAUUUCCAGCUUCCCCGGCGCGGUGCCGGACGGCGUUGCGACCCUCGGCCUUAGCAGCAGCCCUCGCAAGAACCCCAAUAACGCGGUGCCGUCAUUGAACACCACGUUGACUUCGAACCGGCGACUGCCGGUGAUUGAAGGGGUGUCGCCCGUGAAGUCUACUGCAUUUCACGCAUCGCUCCAGGGCCACCCGCUGUCGGGCCCAAACGCGCCGGUCUCCGCAUCUGGCGAAAACCUGAGCCUGCAGAGUCUGCCAAGGAUUUAG